AAAAAAUUAUUAGGAAUAAGAAGGACAAUACUUCUUCAGUAACGUCAGACUUGCUCGAGUCCAGUGUUUGGCAAGGUUGGCUUAGUCUGGAUCCUCUAAUGUGGACCAUGCAGAACCGACCCAGCCUAUAAAUAAUACUGACACAUUUUUAGAGGAAAAGAACACUGAACCUGGACAAAACAAGAGGAGGCAUUGUGAAAUGAAGAGUGAUAUUGCAGCAAGAGACUUCCUCCUAAAAGUCAUGCUGUGGUUGCUGUUGUUGGCUCUGGUGUCACCGUUGACAGCAGUGGAGCCAUGCGGACCAGAGAUUGUAGCUCUCAAGCGCAGCAUAAGGAAACUGGAGAAUAAACUCUUGAUCGGGACUUGGCAGAUUGAGUACUUGCAAAUGCACAAAUACUUCCGGCCACUUCAACCUGAUGCGUCUAAUACUAAACCUGAAACUGAGUCAGCCCCUGAAGUAAACCACAACAGCAGUGGGACAUCUGCCAGCUCUGAUGUGGCGCUGAUUAAACCACUUCCACCUGCAGGCAACUUAAUUGUCCAUGACAAAGACUGUUCUGAGCUGUUUGACAGACUGAGACCACCAAGCGGUUUCUAUCGCAUCAGACCCAAGUUACAACAGGAGCCGUUUUUGGCUUACUGUGACAUGGAGGAUGGAGGCGGAUGGACAGUUUUUCAGAAACGCCGGCAUGGAAAAGUUGACUUCAACAGAGACUGGGUGGACUACAGAGAUGGAUUUGGUGACUUCAAACUGUGGAAUGAUGAGUUCUGGUUGGGGAAUGAGCACAUGUAUUCACUACUCUCAGAAGGUAAGAACCUGGUGAAGAUAGAUCUAAUGGACUGGGAUGGAAAGAAAAGUUAUGCAUUUUAUGAGAACUUCAGGAUCACUGAUGAGGCAGAUAAGUAUCGGCUCCAGUAUGGCCAGUAUAGUGGGCAGGCUGGAGAUGCUCUGACUGGUGGUGGAGGGAUGGUGGAGCAGUGGUCUGCUUGCCUCAGCGGCAUGCAGUUCAGCACCAGAGAUCAGGACAAUGACCGCUACAUCCAGGGCAGCUGUGCUCAGGAGAAUAAGGCAGGUUGGUGGUUCAACAGAUGUCAUGCAGCCAACCUAAAUGGGAAGUUCUACCGUAAUGGGAAGUACAAGGGCCAGCAUGAUAAUGGUGUGGUGUGGGGGACCUGGAAGGGCCUUUGGUAUUCCCUUCGACACACCACCAUGAAGGUGCGGCCGCUGGUUUUCUUGGACAUCGCGGGCAGUGGAGCAGGGGAAAAUUAAAAGCAUCCGACUUUAAAUUCCCUUGUGUGAUUCUGAAUGAAAAAAAAAACGAGUGCAAAGACUGAUGUCAUGUUUAAAAUCUUUGUAUUGGAACUUCUUCCUUUGUUUCAUCAUUUGAACCCAUUAUCAAAUGUUAAUAGUAGAGUAUCUUGUAUUUUCCAGUAAACACUACUUUCUAUGAAGUGUAUGAUAUUACUCAAACAAUAAAACAAACAGCAUCUCAGCCCCAGUGUCUCACAUUUGACUUAUUUACUUGC